AUGGACUCCUUUUCGGAUGCGGCGCCGAGCUUGCUAGCGAUAGCGUCGAUUCCGAAGCAGUCGGCGGAUGGCAUGGAGCAGUGGUCGCUGGAGGACCUGACGCUGGGGCUGUACCGGCUGAGCCUGAAGCACGCCGCCGGGAAAGACGUCGAUGCGAUCCCCGGCGACGUCGUCCGCAACAGGAAUGACCUGGAGGAGAUCCUUCAUUGGCUGCGGUGGGCCAUGUCGGCAUAUGAGACAGACACUGCCGCCCUCGCCAAGCAUCUCAAAGUCCCGCCGUCGGCCAUCCACAAGCACGUCAGCACGGCCGCGGUGUUCCGCCCGGCGCACUAUGUGGCGGUGAGCGCGGAGAAGCGGUGCGUGGUGGUGGGCGUGCGCGGCACGUCGGCCGCGGCCGACGCGCUAACGGACCUCUGCUCUGCCGGAAUUCCAUUUGGUGACGGGUGCGUGCGUGCGUGCGUGAAUGCCUCGCUCGGGCACGCGCACGUGGGGAUGUUAGAGUCAGCCAAGUGGGUGGCCAAGUCGCAGGGCAACCUCGUCGCCACGCUACUCGACCAGAAUCCUGGCUAUUCACUCGUGACGGUGGGCCACUCCCUGGGGGCGGGCACAGCAGCGCUGCUCGCCAUGCUGCUGCGCCACCCGCCCACAGUUUCCUCCCUCUCCCUCGUCCUGCCCCCGCCAGCGCUCUCCCCCGUCUGCUGGGCCUACGCGUGCCCCUCCGUGGUGUCGCAGAAUCUUGCCGAAACCUCCCCCUUUCUCAAGACUGCCGUGCUGCAGGACGAUGUUGUGCCGCGCCUCUCCCUGUCGUCCAUCACCGACCUCCGCAACGAGAUCCUCCACACUGAUUGGGCGGCACUGGCGCGGGAUAACCCCGCAGCAUCGCAAUUGGCAUCUCUGGCAUCGGGCUCUCAAUCCGCCCUGGAGACGUCUCUCGGCAUCUCCCAGGGCCAGCUGCUCCCCUCGCUCUCCCCCCAGACCACGUCCUGGUUCAGCUUUUCUCCCGCUCCCGCUCCCGCUCCCGCCGCCGCUCCUGUAGCUGCCACUGCUGCUGCUGGUUCAGAGAAAGGUGGGGCAGCGGGUGAAGCGGCAGCAGGUGCAGCAGGGGCGACAGGGACGGCAGGGGCGGAAGACGGAUGGGGAGGGUGGCUGACAUAUGCAGGCAGUUUGUUCACGGCUCCUGCGGUUGCAGCACAAGCCGAAAGCGCUACCGAAGCCCCUUCUGCUGCAUCUGUGCCUGCUGCGGCAACGACUCCUGCCAAAAGCAUACCCGAAGCCUCUGCGGCCUCUGUGGCCACUGCAGCUCCGCCGGUGCGCCUGGUGGCCCCGGGGCAGCUCUUCCACAUUCUGCGCAAACCACCCGCCUCCCUGCAGGAGCAGUUCAAGCUGCCGCCUCCUCCCACUGAGCAGCAAAAGCACGAGGAGGAGAAGCUGUUUUUGGCAGAAGCAAAAGACAUGUACAAGCGAGGGAUGUUGAUUGAUAUGGGGAAACAGCAGCAGAACGGAGACACAAGCGCUGCUAACAGUGACGCUGCUAAGGGUGAAGCCACAAAACGUGAAGCCGCUAAAGCCGAUGGCACAACGGUCGUGCCUGGGCCUGCCAUGUCGCAUGUGGUGGUGUGUGGAGCUGACCCCAAGCCCAGAUUUCGGCGAAUCAUUCUGAGCGAUGCACUGCUUGCUGACCAUGACUGCAAGAAGUAUGGGAAAGCAAUCAUUGACGCCAUGCAAUGGUGCGCUUAG